CCAGUCCUCCGGGCCAGCACCUGCAAGGACUACACCAGGAGCUCCUCCACGACAAGACGCGACAUCGACUUCUACUUCUGCGUCGGCGAAGAAGAAUAGGCAAGGCGAAGGCGUAGCAUCAACUACAUCUGUAGUUCUUGGGGCGGGAAAAAAAGCUGGAUUUCCGCGGUUUCAGCCUGUGACCACAGGCGGAGCCGAGUCUAGUGGUGGGAGAAAAGCUGCAGGACAACCCUUGCUGGGCGAUGAGGACAAUUUCGAGAUUUUUGAAGAUCCGACCGCAGGUGCCGUUGGGACUUGUGCGGAGAAAACUGGGAUAAACAAAGCGUCUGUGGACCAGCACCAACCUCCGUCGAUCUCGGAAAAGGGUCUAGAGCAGCUUCCUAGUGCAACUCCAGGCGGGACGACCGCGGCCGCGGGUACCAGUAGCUCCUUUCGUUGGAUGAAACCUGGCUCUAUGGUCGAUGAGAAGCAAGUGCUCAAGACCCGCGACACCAAGAAUGUAUCCUCUCAGGCGAAUCAUGCGGGAACACUGAACCACUUGCUCCCGCCGCAACCGCCAUCUCAACAUCAGCAACUCACGAGUGCUAAUUUAGCAGCCACGUUUCCCACCUUGCUACAGACGCCGAACACAGGAAAUGUGUUGGGUAGUUCCGGUGGCGGCGUGGUUGGUUAUCGCAACCCAAUGCUGUUUCCCGGUAGUACGACAGGAGGUGUACCUGGGGCUUUUCCGAUUCUGUCAGCCGUUUCACCAUGCGUUUCGGCUGCUGGCGAUUCCGAUAGCCACAAGUCACCGCUUUUUGGGGUUUUCCCGCAAACUACGACGAGUGCAAUGCUUGUGUCCACGAAGACCGGAGCUGAAGCAAAUGCAGUUGCGAAGGGCAAAAAUGCAUCAGGAGUACAAGCAGCAUCGAAGAGUGUAGCGAAUAAAACGAAGCCGACCAGCAAGCAGCUGGUCCAAUCGCAACCAUCUACGGGCGGGGGCAGGACCACAACCACAGCCACAGGAACACUACGCUCUGCGGCGCAAGCUCCAGCUGCUGAUGCACCGAUAAUCAACAUCAACCAGGAGCACCAGGGACGACGAGGAGGCCAAAGUUGUCAACAGCAGCAUGUGCAUGGCCCCCGAAGUUCUUGUGCCACCACCACGACAAGCGUAGUUACUGGUGAGCGCUACUCUCCCCGAGGAAAGCUGCAGAAAUCCAUGAAAAGCACACCGAGUACGACAAGCCGAGGUCCGCCGGCGAUGGCGUCGCAUCAAGCGAAGGUCACGACGACCUAUGGCGGCAAAAAGGAACAAAUAGCCACUGCUUCGUCCCUGCUCGAGCCAUUUCCGAACCAACCUUAUUGUUAUUCCAUAGGAGGAAGUAGAUUUACACUGCACCACGACAACCACCACGAACAACGGCAGCCAGCGUUUCGUUUUGAAUUCAGGUCCGAUUAUGCUGCAUCAGAUCUACUUCCCGAAGAACAGCAGCAACACGCGUCGGCACCGGCAGUCGAGACACCUGGUGCACUACUCUCUGUCCCCUUUCCAGGAAAUAGCACGGACACGGUCGCUGUGAAGAUGCCAUCAACGACCGCUGAGACUGCACAGACCACUUCCACAUCUUCCUCCAGCCCGGCCAAGCAAUUCAUUCAAGCGGGAAACACGCCGGCGGGGUCGUUCAACGAUCAUUCGGCAGAUGAGGAGCAGAAAAUAACUAGCCAGCCACCACAGUUUGUGAUGAACAGCAGCACUAUUCCGGGGGAGGUGGAUGUACCUCCAUCACGAGCAGCAAUUUCUUCUUCAAACACUGUGAAAAAUAUAAUCACAAAUCGGCACGUGGUUCCAUUUUCCGAGCGAGAUGUCGGUAGCCAGCUUUAUGUGCGCAACCUGGGCCUCGUUCACACGGCGACGACGCGUGACGGCUCUCCACUGUUGCGCAGCCGAGAAGGGAGCCCGCACAGUUAUCAGCACCACGCGCUGCUGAGACACCACGCGCCGGUCGUUAGCAGCAGGAGCAAGGUUCUCGACGUAGCAGCUGCUUCGCCUGGUGUUCGUUCGCCCUCCCCGGUAAACCAUGGCGGGGCCGUUGUACGGCGAGCGAUUCUUGGUGAUGGUACCAAAACAGCGGAGAACCAACAUGCAGAGGCGCAUCUGCUAACUCCGCGCACUGGACCGCCGGCGGUUCCGUGUCCCAGUCCGAAGCCGAUUCGUACACAAGCUUCCCGCUUUUCCCCGCGGUGUCGGUCGCGGUCGAGAGGUGGUGCAGCGGGGCGAGACAGUCCUGCCAGACGCGAGCUGCAAGGUGGUGG